UCAGUCACUUCAGUUUCAACUACUGGAACAGGUCUUUUUUCCCAACCAUCUACGGGUAUAACUUCGACAAGCACAGUCGGUUCAUUAGGUCUUGGUGGAACAGGAAACUUUUCACUCGGCGGCACUUCUGUUGCCGGGUCUGCUACUGGUAAUUCUGUUGGAGUGACCGGUCUCGCCGCAUCCGGGAAUCCUAUGGAAGGUGAAGUCCCGAAGCAGGUUAUGGACCUAGUAACGCAAUUAAAGGAACAAAUAAGAACAAACAAAGAAAAAGCAGACGAAUUUGCAAUGGACAGUAGCGAUGCAUGUAUUCACAUAGACGAAAAGCUGGAUGUUGUCAAGAGACUUCAAGUACAAUACUGUAGCGAGCUAAGACGUGCUGUGAAAAAAGUGAAUGUUCUUUUGAAAAAGGGUGAACGCGAUGUUUACGCCGGGGAACAGCUCGCACGUAAGCAGAAAGAAGCUGGAAAGAAUCCUCAUUACGGUCAAAAUGUGGCCAUGGAAUACUUGCAAGGGGCUUGUUGUGACUACGAGACGAAUCUGAUGGAUCUUGAUGGAAAGUUACAACAAAUUGAAAGCGUAAUUUCCCAACGGAAGGGAGAACAGGAUAAACCUCAAGUGUCAAAAGAAGACCUGACCAAAUUUUUGGAGUGCUUUGAUCAGAUCUUCAAAUCUGUUGCUUCAGAAGUUUAUGAAAUUAAUCAGCAAGUUCAGGAAGCCAAGGAAACUUAUCUUGAAAUACGUAAAGCAACUCAGCCAUUUGCACCUAAUCCAUUUGCGAAAAGGAUGGGAUUUGAAAAGCUUUCCAACAGUUCUCAUUUUUCGAGAAGCGAUUUAGGAGCAGAUGCUUUUCCUUCUCAGGUCACUAUGAUGAAAAUAGGUGAAUUAGCGAGAGUGGCAACGCCAGCAGCUAAUCCCCUUGGAGGUGGUUCAUCAGCCUUUGGUACUACGGGCUCAUUAUUUGGUUCUAAACCUUUGGGUCCAACUCCCUUUUCCUUUAAUACGCCUACGACUUCUAGUUCGCUGUUUAAGCCGUUUAGUGCAACUGCAACGUCAUCUGCGCCUCUUUUUGGUGCCACAAAGACAACAAGUUCCACAGCAACGUCGUCGGUUCCUCCAUUUGCAUUCGGUAAUACAUUAAAUUCUACUGCUAGUGGCACAUUGUUUGGUGGCAGUGCGAGCAAGCCUUUUGGGAAAUGA